GGAGGCGGGUCCUAGCUGGUUUCCGUUGCGGCCUCGUCCCUUCCUUGUCAUGAUCAUGGCUACCGGUGCUGAGGAGCCUUUCCCUUUCCAUGGGCUUCUACCCAAAAAAGAGACCGGGUCCGCCGCCUUCAUCGGCCGGUUCCCGGAGUAUGAUGGCCGCGGGGUUCUGAUUGCAGUGCUGGACACCGGGGUAGAUCCUGGGGCCCCUGGCAUGCAGGUAACAACUGAUGGAAAACCAAAGAUUAUUGAUAUUAUAGACACAACUGGAAGUGGUGAUGUGAAUACAUGCACUGUGGUCGAACCUAAAGAAGGAGUUAUACUAGGCCUUUCUGGCAGAACAUUAAAGAUUCCUGAAACGUGGAAAAACCCUUCAGGUCAAUACCAUAUUGGUAUUAAAAACGGAUUUGACUUUUAUCCAAAAGCACUCAAAGAGCGUCUGCAGAAAGAACGUAAGGAAAAGCUCUGGGAUCCCGUUCAUCGUGCUGUACUUGCUGAAGCUUGUAGAAGACAGGAGGAGAGUGACACCAAUUUAAAUCCUCAAUCUAGCUUACAUGGCGGGUUUGUAAAAUUGAUAAAAGAAGAUAUUCAGAGCCGAGUGGAACUGCUAAAUUCGUUUGAGAAGAAAUAUAGUGAUUCUGGUCCAGUAUAUGACUGCUUGGUGUGGCAUGAUGGUGAAACAUGGAGAGCUUGUAUGGACACCAGUGAAUGUGGAGACUUAGAAACUUGCAGUGUAUUAGGGAAUUACAGAGAGGCUCAAGAGUAUGGAUCAUUUGGCACAUCAGAAAUGUUGAAUUAUUCUGUCAACAUUUAUGAAGAAGGGAAUGUGCUAUCGAUCGUGACCAGUGGAGGUGCACAUGGCACCCAUGUUGCUAGUAUUGCUGCUGGAUACUUCCCAGAUGAACCUGAAAGAAAUGGUAUAGCCCCUGGAGCCCAGAUCCUUGCCAUCAAGAUUGGUGAUACAAGGCUAAGCACCAUGGAAACAGGCACAGGACUGAUAAGAGCGAUGAUUGAAGCAAUAAAGUAUAAGUGUGACCUCAUCAACUACAGCUACGGUGAAGCAACACAUUGGCCAAAUUCCGGGAGGAUAUGUGAAGCAAUUAAUGAAGCGGUGUGGAAACACAACAUUAUCUAUGUCUCCAGUGCUGGGAAUAAUGGUCCGUGCCUUUCUACAGUUGGUUGUCCUGGUGGAACUACUUCCAGUGUAAUAGGUGUGGGUGCCUAUGUUUCACCGGACAUGAUGGUAGCAGAAUACUCCCUUCGAGAAAAACUACCUGCCAAUCAGUACACUUGGUCUUCUAGAGGUCCAAGUACUGACGGAGCACUUGGAGUCAGUAUAAGUGCCCCAGGAGGCGCUAUUGCAUCUGUGCCAAACUGGACAUUACGGGGAACUCAGCUGAUGAAUGGAACGUCCAUGUCUUCUCCCAAUGCUUGUGGAGGAAUUGCACUAGUUUUAUCAGGUCUGAAAGCAAAUGGUGUCCAAUAUACUGUGCAUUCAGUAAGGAAAGCUUUGGAAAAUACUGCUAUGAAAGCUGAAAAUAUUGAAGUGUUUGCUCAAGGCCAUGGGAUUAUUCAGGUUGAUAAGGCCUAUGACUACCUCAUACAGAAUUCCUCACUGAUCUGUAAAAUAGGUUUUACAGUUACUGUAGGAUCUGCUCGUGGAAUCUACCUCAGGGAUCCAGUUCAGGUCUCUGCACCAUCAGACCAUGGUGUGGGUAUUGAACCAUUCUUUCCAGAGAACACAGAAAACUCUGAGCGGAUCUCUUUACAACUUCAUUUAGCUCUUACAUCGAAUGCAUCCUGGAUACAGUAUCCAAGUCACUUAGAGCUAAUGAACCAGUGUAGACACGUAAAUAUCAGAGUGGAUCCACGCGGUCUACGAGAAGGAGUGCAUUAUACUGAGAUUUGUGGCUAUGAUAUAUCUGCACCAAAUUGUGGUCCACUAUUUAGAAUUCCUGUCACCGUUAUUAUUCCAGCAAAGCUAAGUGAUGCAACAUCAUAUGAUAUUGAAUAUAGAGAUAUCCAUUUCAAGCCUGGACAAAUUCAAAGGCACUUUAUAGAAGUUCCUCAGGGAGCCACAUGGGCUGAGGUUACAGUUACUUCAAAGUCCUCUGAUGUGUCGUCAAAGUUUGUUCUUCAUGCUGUUCAGCUAGUGAAACAGAAAGCAUACAGGAGUCAUGAGUUCUAUAAAUUCUCUUCAUUACUCGAAAAGGGCUCCGUAAAUGAAGCUUUUCCUGUUUUGGGUGGAAAGACUAUUGAAUUUUGCAUUGCCCGUUGGUGGGCAAGUCUUAAUGAUGUCACUAUUGAUUAUACUAUUUCUUUCCAUGGGCUUGCUUGUGGCCUGCAACAGCUAAACAUUCAUGCAUCCGAAGGUAUUGCACGGUUUGAUGUUGGAUCCACAUUAAAGUAUGAGGAAUUGUCUCCCAGCAUUAGCCUGAAAAACUGGGUGCAGACUUUAAGACCCAUUAGUGCCAAGACAAGACCAUUAGGAUCCCGUGAUGUUUUGCCAAAUAACAGACAGUUGUAUGAAAUUAUUUUAACGUAUAGUUUUCACCAGCCCAAAACUGGAGAGGUUACUCCUAGUUGCCCAUUGCUUUGUGAUUUGCUGUAUGAAUCUGAAUAUGACAGCCAGCUUUGGAUUCUGUUUGACCAGAACAAAAGACAGAUGGGCUCAGGAGAUGCUUAUCCCCACCAGUAUUCUGUAAAACUGGAAAAGGGAGACUACACCAUUAAAAUGCAGGUGCGUCAUGAGCAAAUAAGUGAAUUGGAACGUCUGAAAGAUCUGCCAUUCAUCGUUUCUCACAGAAUGUCGAAUACCUUGACUCUAGACAUAUACGAAAGUCACAGCAUGGCUUUACUGGCAAAGAAAAAGGCAAACAGUAUUACUAUUCCACCAAAGCAUACACAGCCUUUUUUUGUUGCUAUGCUACCCGAUGAGAAAAUACCAAAAGGUGCUGGGCCAGGCUGCUACCUUAGUGGCACGCUUACAAUGUCUAAAACGGAACUGGGCAAAAAAGCUGGGCAGUCUGCAGCAAAGCGUCAAGGAAAAUUUAAAAAGGAUGUGAUUUCAGUUCAUUACCACUUAAUUCCAUCUCCGUCCAAACUGAAGAAUGGGAGCAAGGAUAAGGAAAAAGAACCCGAGAAAGAGAAGGAUGUAAAGGAAGAGUUUGCAGAAGCCCUGAGAGACCUCAAGAUUCAGUGGAUGACUAAGCUUGAAACCAGUGAUCUCUUCAGUGAAUUAAAAGAAUCGUUUCCAAACCAUCUUCCGCUGUACGUUGCAAGACUCCAGCAGUUAGAUUCUGAAAAGGAACGAAUUAAAAGAAUCAAUGAAAUAAUUGAAGCUGCCAAUGAAGUUAUUUCACGCAUUGAUCAGACAGCCCUUGCAGUGUUUUUUGCCAUUAAGACAGAUCCAAGUCCAGAUGCAGCCACUAUAAAAAACGACAUGGACAAGCAGAAAAGUACAUUGAUAGAUGCCAUCUGUCGCAAAGGCUGUGCCUUAGCAGAUAAAGUUCUCCACCUGCAAUCUGAAGAGGGUGCUGCAUCAUGUGACUCAGAGGAAAGUGGAGAUGAUCAAGAGGUUAUUUUGGAAACCCUUAAUGAAACCUACUGGGAUGUAGCCAAGUGGGCAGAUCUAAAUGACUCAAAGGUUCUGCCAUUUGUAUACAAGCAUGCUUUAGCAAAUAAAUUCUAUGGACGAGGUAUUAAAUUUGCAACAAAACUCGUGGAAGAGAAGCCAACUAAGGAAAACUGGAAAAAUUGUGUUCAGGUCAUGAAAUUACUUGGGUGGAACCACUGCGCAGCAUUUACUGAGAACUGGAUUCCAGUCAUGUUUCCACCAGAUUAUUGCAUUUUCUGAAAUGUCUAAUCAUUUUAUACAAAAAAUACUUCUGUAUGGGAAGAUUUUAAAAGCUAUUUGCCAAUUUUUCACAUUAUUUUCUUAAGCAUGUUUUCUUUAUUGAAUGGCUAUUGUAAAAUGGUGUGUGUGUUUAAUGGCAGGUGCAUCAAUAUGCAUCUUACGUGUUAACUGGGAUGGGGUGGGAUUGUAGCAUGUCUAGUUGGCUAUUUUUAAGUACAAACUUGUAAAAGAUGAAUUUUACAGUAAACACACUUUUAACAUUUUUUAUGUUACCGUGGUUAUGAAAAGCCUUAAUUUUCUGGAUAGCAGUUGUUUUAUUUAUUAGACAAAAAGCAAUGAAAUACACAUUAUAUGUUUACAUAUAAAUACACCAAUUUGUUUUAUCAUCAAUUUACUCAUUGAUGGCGGAACAAUGUCUGUUAAUCUUUUUUCAUUAGAUGUGCUUUUAUGAGAUCUUUACAAUUAACUUGCUUUGUAAAAAUGAAUUAAAUUAAUACUGGUUACGCCGGCUCUUGCGAUGAGCUGAGACUGUAAGCAAAUUUAUUCAGACAUUGGCAAAAUAUGUCAAAAUAUAUGUAAGUGACGAUAUAGAUGUGCCAGGUGACUUAAUGUUUCUUAAUCAGGUAUUGUAAAGUUAUACAUAUAUGUUUAUCAACCAACAAAACCAUGUAAAAUAAUACGUAACCAAUGCACAGAACAAAUAAUGUUACACUCUGGUAUCUUUUCUUUUUUUUUACAAUUAUAAAAUGUAUGACAUCAUAAAAAUGAUUGACAACUCCAAA